AUGUCAACUGAGAUAGAUGGAUUAAAGGCGCAGAUUGAAGAGUUGCAAGCUUUAGUUAAGAAGCAAAGCGUUUUGCUUUCGAAGACGGGCCAUUCGGUGAUGGAACUGCAACUACAAAAUCAAAAAAAAGAUAUCAAGAAUUUAGAUGAUAAAUAUCUGACAAAGGGUGGCAGUUCCAAAUUGGAUACUACAGAUUUAGCAACAAAUGAUGAUUUGGUGCAAUUAGUUGGUGAACUUCAGGGGCAGUUGGAUAUUAUGGAGGAACGGUCGAUUAAGCGGCUUGUCAACUCUACUAAAACUGAGGCAAACGACUUUUUGGCGCCUGUACCUAAUGCUGAUGGUGAAAUACCAUCUGUUGAAGAUGAUGGAAUAUUUCCACGUACUUUAGGGGAUUUUGAGAAGUUGGAUAGUACUCAGUUGUACCAGUUAGCAAAGUUUUAUGAAUUAUUAGCUCCAACAUUAAAAGAACAGGAGAAAUUUGAGGACUAUUUAGAAGGUAAGGUCGAAAGUUUUCAUAUUAAUAGCACAGCUAUUGAUGAUGUGAAAAAAGAAGUAGAAUCUUUAUCCGAAGAGCAACUGGAUGAUAUUUUUAAUGAUGUUGCCAGAUACCUUGGAAUUAAAAGUAGAAGAGGGACGUCGGUCUGGUAA